CAUUCAUUAUUAUCCAAAUAAUAUAAUGGAGCAAAUCAUGACUACCUUAUUUUCCUUCUUUCCAUAUUUUACUCUCUUCUGUAUCAUUCUUCUUUCACUAUAUUUCACACUAUACCACCUUACAAACACCAAAAAACAACCCCUUGGUUUCAAAAAAUACCCCAUCCUAGGCACCUUACCACAGUUCUUAGCGAACCGGCACCGCUUCCUCGAUUGGACCUUCGAAAUCCUUUCUGACCUCCCCACACACACCGCCGUCUUAUACCGUCCUGGCAAUGUGCAAGAUGUCUACACCGCGUACCCUCCUAACGUCGAACAUUUCCUCAAAACCCGUUUCGACAACUACCCUAAAGGCACUCGUUUCAUCUCUUUACUCUAUGACUUUCUCGGCACUGGCAUCUUUAACUCCGACGAUCAUCUUUGGCGCCACCAACGUAAAACUGCCAGCUUUGAGUUCAACAAACGUUCCCUUAAGAACUUUGUUCUAGAUAGUGUAAGGCUUGAAAUUACAACACGGCUUAUUCCUAUUUUUAAAGAAGCAUCCGGUUCAGACCGGAUUUUGGAUUUACAAAAUAUUCUCGAGCGGUUCUCUUUUGAUAAUGUUUGUAAGUUGGCCUUCGAUUUUGACCCGGGUUGCUUGGCGGGUGACGGGUCGGGCGAGUCCGAAUUUAUGCGGGCUUUUGAGGAUGCCGCUAUGAUCAGUGCCGCACGUUUCUUGUACAUGCUUCCUUUUAUAUGGAGAGUUAAGAGAUUUUUUAAUGUAGGAUCGGAGAAGAGGUUAAGGGAGUCAAUCAAGACCGUACAUGGGUUUGCGGAUAAGAUCAUACGGGCGAGGUUAGAAGAAAUACCAAGAGAAAAUAUUAGUAAUAAUAAUAGCGAUGUGAAUUCACAAGAUUUGUUGUCACGUUUUAUAUCUGCAGGUGAAAAACAAGAUUGCAAUUUUCUGAGAGAUGUUGUAAUAAGUUUUAUUCUAGCUGGGAGGGAUUCAACGUCCUCGGUAUUAAGUUGGUUUUUUUGGUUGUUAUCCAAGAAUCCCGAUGUUUUGACAAAGAUUCGGUCCGAGGUUGGGGAGGUUCGGAAUAGAGCUGGUAAACAAGUCGGGGAUACGUAUGAUUUUAAUGAUCUAAGAGAAAUGAACUAUUUACAUGCAGCAUUAUCUGAGACUUUACGAUUAUACCCACCAGUACCUGUAAAUACUAGAUCAUGUUUAGAAGAUGACAUGUUUCCUGAUGGCACAGAGAUUAAGAAGGGUUCGCUUGUCACGUAUUGCACUUAUAGUAUGGGGAGAAUGGAGAGCAUUUGGGGCAACGAUUGCUUAAUGUUUCGACCCGAAAGAUGGAUAGACGAAAACGGUUCUUAUAAGUCGGAGAACCUGUAUAAGUAUCCUGUUUUUCAUGCGGGUCCAAGGAUUUGUUUAGGGAAGGAGAUGGCGUAUCUACAAAUGAAGUCGAUAGUAGCUUGUGUUGUGGAGCAAUUUGAUGUGGAUAUGGUACAAAAAGAGACAUCUCCUCAAUAUGUCAUGUCUUUAACUCUAAGGAUGAAAAAUGGUCUUCCUGUCAAAUUAAAGGCAAGACAAUUUUAAUACUGCAAAUGUAAUACGGAUUAUAUCGAAUAAUGAUUACAAGAUUUAUCUACAUGCAUGUUACGUUUACAAUACGAAAAAUGAUUAAGCUCAGUUAUCAAUUAAUCUGUACUUUAUUAAAGUUUAUGAAGGCUUAAAAAAAUACUUCAGUUAUCAAUGAAGUCGAUAGUAGCUUGUACUUUAUACGUUUUUAAAAAAUGUUGACUUUAAUCAAAGCUGGGACUCGUCGUGGUCGAAGUUAAAUUAUAACA